AUGUCAGAAACAACGACUAUUCCCAAGGGAAUACUUGGUCAACCAACUUGCCACACUCACCCGCACUUGAUAUCCGAAGGCCACUUGACGUGUGGCAUCACACAGCAAGAGUAUAAAGAUAGAAGAGAUACUUUAGUAGAAAAAUUAGUGGCGAGCAAAGAAAAUGAACAUAGAUCACAUAUUAUAGUAAUCCCAGCAGCUCGUAAACAGUACAUGUCAGAGAAGAUACCAUAUGUAUUUAGACAGAAUUCUGACUUCUUCUACCUCACGGGAUGUCUAGAACCUUCAGCCAUCCUAGUGAUGGUUAAACAAUCACAUGAAGAUAAUUAUAAGAGUAUUCUAUUUGUAAAUGAUAAGGAUAGUCAUGCUGAGUUGUGGGAAGGACCGCGCACUGGAUGUGCGUUGGCUGCACCACUAUUCACAGUUGAAGAAUCACGGCCAGUAGAGAAUUUUAAUAAUUUUAUACACAGGAUAGUAACAACAUCCAAACCUGCUAUACUAUGGUAUCAGAAUGAGUGUCCACCGAACCCUGACAUCCACGAAUAUGUCCGUUCCUCACUCCGUCAGGGUCAUGUAACACUGGACGAACCCCAAAAAGUUCUUCAUCAGAUGAGAGUUAUUAAAUCACCCGCUGAAAUUGAGUUGAUGAGAGACACUUGUCAUAUUGGAUCACAGUCCAUAAACUUGGCUAUGGCUUGCACGAAACCUGGUAUAUCAGAACAUAAUGUGGGUGCUAUAUUGGAGUACUCCUGGCGUACGGGGGGCGCAGACCACGGGGCCUUCCCUCCGGUACUGGCCGGGGGAGCUCGGGCCACUCACAUACACUAUGUGGCUAACAACCAAAUAUUGAGACAUGGAGAGAUGAUACUUGUAGAUGCUGGAACUCAAAGAUGGUUGUACAAUUCAGAUAUAUCCCGCACUUGGCCGGUGUCGGGGAAGUUCUCUAACCACCAGAGAAUACUCUAUGAACUGAUACUAUCAGUGCAGAAACGUCUGAUCGAGUUAUUGGGUCAGCACCGGCCGUCCCUGGACAUGUUGUUCGAGCACAUGUGUCGCCUGCUGGGGAGCCAGCUGCAACAGGAGGGGAUCCUGCCCAAGAAUAUUGAUAAUAAUGAACUUAUUGGACGAGCGUACCGCCUGUGUCCGCACCACGUGUCUCACUACCUCGGUCUGGACGUGCACGACGCGCCGCUGGUGAGGCGCCGCGUGCCCGUCAUUAGCGGGAUGGUGGUCACCGUUGAGCCAGGUAUCUACAUAGCUCCAGAUGACAGAUCAGUUCCGGAGGAGUUCCGUGGAGUAGGGAUCCGUAUAGAGGAUGAUGUGUUGUUGACUGACGGAGACCCUGAAGUCUUAACGAAGAGCUGUGUCAAGGAAGUUGACGAUAUCGAGGCUGUGGUCGGCAAGCAGGGCUCGUGA